UUCCCCUCUGUCUUUCUCUCACACAGAUCCUCAGACCACACUCGACCUACGACCACAUUGAUCUCUCGUUGAUCCUCAUAUCCUCAAACCACACUCGCCAUAAGGAGACUCUGAAAUGUGUCCGUAUACGCAAAGUAAGAUCGUUUUACAGCUGAUCCAAUAACCAUCCAUAUAAAAUAUCUCCCACUCUUACUCUCUCUCUGUCUGAAAAUUGUUUGAGUGCAACAGUCCAUCUCUUCUCCACUUGCCCUUCAUCAAUCGGCAAUCUCUAACAAAUUCACAGUGUCUCUUCUUCUCAACUCUCACGAUCUCUGAACUUUGUCACCAACAGUCAACUCUCCCUCUCUCUCAGUUGCAUUCUCAUGCUUUUGUUGUCAUGUUCUUCUUCUCAUAAUCAAUCGAUUGAUCUUUCACUCUCACCCUCACUCUAUCUCAAACAAUCAGAUGAGGAUAGAGAUAUGAGAAUCCACUCUCCCGUCCUGAUCUUCUUCACUCACAUCCCAGACAAUCUUGAUGUGGCGAACUCGCUUAAAAGAUUAGCAUCUCGGUCUUCUUGGACGAUCAUAAGGUACUUGGCUGAUGAAACUGCUAUCUUACUGCUUUACUCAUUAGUGCAUGGGAACUCAAAUUUUCUGGAGUAUGUCUUGGUGCGAACAGAUUUGGAAACACUGUUGAUGCCCAUGCUGGAAACACUAUAUAAUGCUUCAAAAGGGACAUCCAAUCAAAUCUACAUGGUGCUAAUUAUUUUGCUAGUACUCAGUCAAGAUUCUUCUUUCAAUGCCAGUAUUCACAAGCUGAUGCUGCCAAGUGUUCCAUGGUACCAAGAACGCCUGCUCCAUCAAACUUCUCUUGGUUCCUUGAUGAUCAUAAUUCUGAUAAGGACUGUGAAUUACAACCUAUCUAAGCUACGGGUAUGGCUUGGUGCCCAUGUCUGCUGAUUAUUUAUAUUUAAAUACUU